AGGAUGAUCUUGAUGAAUAUACUGGGAAAUAUAUGAAUUAUGUUCAUUGGGUGGAAAUGGUAAGCAAUCAUAUCUUCAGUAGUCUUUAGGAUUAUAACAAUUUGGAAAGUUGGAGUUUGGAUAUUUGCUGUAGCUGAACAAUUUUUUUUCAGGGGAUUUUAAUAUUGAAAAAACAAAAGUGGAGAAAGCCAAAACUACCAAAUAUUUAAUCUGGAAAUGGAAAUAUUAUAUCUCAAAACAAAAUGAUUAGAAAGAACCAAAAAUAUGAUAUCGGUGCGUCAGAGACUUCCGACUCUGAUGUAGAAUGCACAGUUUUCUCUGCAUUUCAGGUGUCAGAAUUCAGGAGGAUUAGCAAUGAGUUAUUCUUGGGAUGGUCUUCUGAUGUGACAGCUCAAAUUUUCAUGUUGAUCGACCAUAUCAAAGCAGAGCUACACAUUGAAACUAAGGGUGCAAAAAAAGUAUGGAAAAUAAACAGUGGUCGGAAACUGUUUAGUCUGAUAAAAAGUCUCUGAUCUUGUGUUGUAUGCAUUGUCAAAAAAUAACUCCUUUUGUAUAUGAAUUGUGCAUUAGUCUAAUGAAAAAUGUCCUUCAUAUUCAGCUCCUCCCCUUGGAAAUCGACAUUCUGCAAUUUUCAAAUUUAAACCUGGCAACCCUAAAUGUAUGUCAAUUAUUUACCAAUAACUCUAUGUUUUUAGAUGCCGACCAUAUUCCUUCAUGUUGGAGUAUGGAAGCAUUAGCAUCAUUAAGAGAUGGUUAAUCAGAGCCAAGGAGAGGUCAAAAAAAUCAGGACCUCCAUUUGUAGUUAUAAAGAGUUACAUACAGUUUAGAUUGUAGAAAUAUAUGUAUAUUACUUAUAUAUGAGUAUAUAUACUCAUGUUUAUAAGUAUUUACACCUGGUGUUUUU